AUGGGUCUCGUUUCAGGUCGUGAUAGCAAAGCGGAGGAAGAAGACGAUGUGACAAUCCAGCAUCAAACGUCUAAUGUCUUCCGCAAUGUUGGACACAAAGAGAAGUGCGUCGUGGCUCUAGGUAGAACACAGUCAACAACCAAGCGUGGAGAUGCGGGCAACACGAAUAAAUCCGAACCAAGGAAGCAGGUCCAGCAAAGAAAGGAUCGGGGAGGAGGGGAGGCGAGGGAGAAGAAAGGAAAGAGAAAAGCAACCACCACCACCCAAAACGGACGAAAAGGGACGAAAAUUAACCGCCCAAAAUCUCAAACAAUCCAGAUGUGGGCGAUCAUGAGCGACCAGGGUGGAAAGUCAAGAGAAUUCAAGGCGGUGGAGCGGAGAGACGAGAUGAGAGAUGAGAUGGGAUGA